AUGCGGAAAAUACUUAGUUGGCUGGCACUCUUCAUAUACUUUGUAUUUACAUUUACAUUAUUUCCUACGCUUGUGCCUUGCCUGGUGCACUGCGUUCAGUUUCAUUCAUGGGAGAAAUGUGACUCUCAGUUCGAGGUUAUUCUGGUAAUGUCCGCUUUCAUCGGCGCCAGCGGAUUGCUGUGGGUGACUGCGAAUUACAGGGAAUACUACUUUACUUACAAUUGGUUGAUUGUCAUCGCUGAACUAAUUGUGCUUGAGAUUGGUUAUAUUGCUUAUGCUCAUACUUUAUCUGAAAUUAAUGUGUGGCAAUGGGAGCUUGUAUUCUUUGGCUUCCUGAUCUGCAGCUUCAUUAUGGUUUUAUUUUACGUGUUGGCUUCUAAAAAAAUUAUUAAAAAUCGAUUGAUCGAAAACCUUCUGCACUUGAUACCUAAUAAAACUGAUACCUGAUAGCGACAGAACAACAUAUUUAAGAAUAUGUUUCUAAAGAACUCACAUGUUUUUGCAAAUCAACUGCAACACUAUUUUA